UGCUUCUCCCCAAACCCCGCUAACACAGAGGCCCAAGCAAAUAAAAUACCAUCGCAUCAGGAUAAUGUGGCGAAGUUAGGCUGGCUGCUUUGCAAAUUGCGUGUAAACAAACAUGAUAUAACCCUGCCUGGACAAACAGAGCAAAAAACACCUAGCAGAAACAUGCCAAACAAAAGCAAAAAAGAUAAGAACUCAUCAAAAGGCGAAACCAAGAAAGGAAACAACGACAGCGAUGAUGUUUCAGGCAAAGGAAAGGUAUCUGGCGCGCCGCCACAAGUUCCAAUUGUUCCCCCAAAUAAGUCAAAAUUUUCUGGACCAGGAAACCUCAUAAGAAAAGAGAAAAGACAAGGCUCAUCAAGUUUUAACAUCAGUAAGAACAGGGAGCUAUUGAAGUUGCCACUGAUAAAAGAUGCUCCACAGAACGAAAAAGAAGACAUUUUCAUACAAAAGUUACGACAAUGUUGUACGAUGUUCGAUUUUAUUGUCGAUCCACUCAGUGAUUUGAAAUGGAAGGAAGUUAAACGAGCAGCUUUGAACGAGAUUGUUGAAUAUGUUACUCACAACCGGGGAGUUAUCACUGAUCCCAUUUAUCCCGAAACAGUUAAAAUGUUUGCAGUUAAUGGAUUUAGAGCCUUACCGCCUUCUCAAAAUCCGAGCGGCGCAGAAUACGACCCGGAAGAAGAUGAGCCCACACUAGAAGCUGCAUGGCCUCAUCUGCAGAUUGUAUAUGAGUUCUUCUUGAGGUUCCUGGAAUCAUCAGAUUUUCAACCAAAUGUUGCAAAGAAAUACAUCGACCAAACGUUCAUGGUUCAGCUUUUAGAAUUGUUCGAUAGUGAAGACCCUCGUGAAAGGGAUUUCCUCAAAACCAUAUUACAUAGAAUUUAUGGAAAAUUUCUCAGCCUUAGAGCUUUCAUUCGAAGACAGAUCAAUCAUAUAUUCUACAGGUUUAUCUAUGAAACUGAACGCCAUAACGGAAUAGCAGAACUGCUCGAAGUUUUAGGAAGUAUUAUCAAUGGUUUUGCGUUGCCUCUAAAAGAAGAGCACAAAAUCUUUUUAUUGAAAGUUUUAUUGCCACUACACAAAGCUAAACAAUUAAGUAUGUACCACCCACAAUUGGCCUAUUGCGUUGUGCAGUUCUUGGAGAAAGACCCUGCAUUAACCGAGCCGGUUGUCGUUGGCUUAUUACGAUUCUGGCCCAAAGUUCACAGCCCUAAGGAGGUCAUGUUUCUCAAUGAGCUUGAGGAAAUCCUUGAUGUAAUAGAACCGAAUGAAUUCGUAAAGACGAUUGAACCGCUGUUCAAACAACUAGCCCGAUGUGUCUCCAGUCCACAUUUCCAGGUUGCCGAGCGUGCGUUAUACUUUUGGAACAAUGAAUACGUGAUGAGUUUGGUUAGCGAUAAUGCUAAUGUCAUCCUUCCCAUCAUGUUUCCAAGCCUGUACAGAAAUUCCAAGACCCAUUGGAAUAAAACAAUUCAUGGUUUGAUUUAUAAUGCUUUAAAGUUGUUCAUGGAAAUGAAUCAAAAACUAUUUGAUGAAUGUGCAAGGAAAUACAAAGAAGAAAAGCUAAGAGAAAAAGACAGGUUGAAAGAAAAACAGGAUGCCUGGCAAAGAAUCGCGAAACUAGCAGUUGAUAACCCAGACUGCAAGAGAGUAUAUGAAGUCAAUCCUCAGUUAAGAGAGGAGUUGCCAUUGCUUGCUAACCAUGGAACAACUGAUCCGUCCAUACUCGCCAACACAAAUGGAAACAACAAUGAUGCCGAUGGUAUAAUGGACUCUAACGUAUUGGCCAAACAGCUUAAGAACUCUGAAAUAAAAGAGCGGGUCAAUACAGAAGAAGCUCGACAGGCAACCAGACGAAAGUCAUGCCUUCCACAAGAUGCUGCAACAAUGAGAGCUUUGCAGCAACACCAACAUCCCGACGGAUACUUGGCCUCUCAGUCUGAAGGGUAGCCGUAGGCCCUAUUCAAGCGAAGCAUAUUGACAAACUGUCUUUUAUCUGUAGUUGUGUACAUCUCUUUUAAGAAUACACAAGGUCGAAUAUAUAUAUAGUAUAUAGCGGUGUGCAUAAAAUAUAAUAUAAAUAUGCCGUCUGUGUUUUUGCCCCUGUAAAAUUUCGUAUACUUUUAGGAAGUCUAUUUACAAUUACUUGAUUGUUGGUCUUGAGGUAUGUGAACUUUAGAUUGCCUGAGCAACGUUUCAUCGAAAUAAACUCAAAUUUCUGUCAAACGGACCAUUAUGUAAUGAGGCAUUGUCUUUGUGCAUGUGAUUGUAACCAUUGCUGGUAACACAAGUAGCAAAAUGCGAAAAAAUUAAUAGGCUAAGCCAUUAAAAGAUAUAGAAUAUUGUCAGGGAUUGUCUACUAACCAACGAUUGUAAGCUGUAAGUUCGUUUACAAAAUAGAAGGUAGCAAUUGGUACGGUAGAAGAUUUUUUCCAUUUUUUUAAAAACAGCGCUUCUGGGUCGUAUAAAUGCCCGGUGAAGGACUGCAGAUGAAUCUAUUACAUAAAAGAACUCUCUUAAGUAUAUGUCACAUAAAUUUCCAAAACUUUUCGUUUUUAAGGAAAAAAUUUAGCAGAAUAUUGAAUGCUUUUCAACUAUCCAUUAAAUAAAAGUUUUUCAAACACGCUAAAGGCAAUAUUCAUCUGUCAGCAGCAAGUUAAGAAAAUGACAUGUCAAAAGCUUUAUUGAAAUGGAGACCCGACUGGGCCAUUACUUUUAGUGGGUAGGGGCCAAAACUGCAAAGAUUUUUUUAAAGGAAUUAUCAUCCCCGAUUACCAUGUUAUCAAACUACUUUUUCUUUGGUGAGAUUUCUAAUCCCUUCUCGAUUAAACUUAUCGAUUUUUUUGUUGGAAGUAGAAGAGUCAUAGGUAGCUUACAGCUAUGAGCUAAUUAUUACCAGCAUGAAAAAACUGAUUAAGAGCUUUAGAUUAUGUCAGGCCUUUGUGUCAUCUGGCAUUAUUUGGACUUGUAGACUCCAAGACUUGUAGCAAGUCCAGGCAUUAUUCUGCUUCAAACAAAUGUGCAUCUUUGAAUUAAGAUUUCUGUGGCAUAUAGUUAAUUGAAGUAAAACUUGACUGCCAUUAAAGGAAUUGGGACAUUUCAAAGCUAUGUCUUGUGUUUGUUUAAUUUUUAAAGUAUGGGUUUGUUUUUGUGUUGCCGUGGAAUAGCACGCCUUUUUUUAAGUGUGUAAUUUGUUUUAUUAACUGUUCUGAUCAUAAAAUGACGUUACAGAUUUGAAUUUAGAAUAUUGUUGUGUAAAACGUUUCCAUAACCCUGUUGUAGCCAGUUAAUUGUCUCCCUACGUUAAUAAGGUGAUUGAAAUUAUACAUUGACUUGUCAGUGACUGUGCAAGGAGCAGUAGUAAGCAUGGCUUAGGCGUUGCACCGGUUGUGAUCUAGAAUUUUCUGUUCUUAUCUUAGAUUUUAGAUGUAGAUGACAGGGUAAUUGUUACAAGUAUAGCCGAAGAUGAGUACAUUUGCUGGU